AUGCCCAAAAUACCGACAAACCCCAACAAUAACAGCAAUAAAGUCUUAAGGACACUGCUCACAUGCCUGGUUGCUAUCUUUUUAUUAUUAAUUGUCAAUGAAAGAUAUAUUUGGAAUCCACUAUCCUAUUCUAUCAAAGAAGAACAUUGCCCCGCUAGUUUACCAAUCCAUGCUUCUGAUGAUAUGUCAGUACAACAUAUCUUGCACGACCCUAAAUAUAAACAACAAAGUAUCAAGAGACUAACUGGUGCUAUUCAAAUUCCCACAGUAAUAUACGAUGAUAACCCUGAACCUAAUGAAUCUCCCGAAUAUUAUAAAGAAUGGUACAACUUUCAUAACUAUCUUGUGGAACAAUUCCCAUUAGUACAUAAAUAUUUGAAAAGAGAAACCGUUAAAAAUGUAUCCCUGCUGUAUACGUGGCAAGGAUCUAAUCCUAUUUUAAAACCUAUAAUAUUUUCAGCCCAUAUCGAUGUUGUUCCAGUAGAAUCCAGUACCGUUCAACAAUGGGAACACCCACCAUUUUCUGGUCAUUAUGAUAAAGAAAGUGACACUAUAUGGGGUCGUGGAUCAUUUGAUUCUAAGAACUUACUUAUCGCACAGUUAGAAGCUAUAGAAUAUUUACUCUCACUAGGUAAUUUCACCACUGAACGUACCAUAUUGCUGUCCUAUGGCCAUGACGAAGAGACUGGUGGUAGACAGGGUGCUGUUAGUAUUUCAAAAUUGUUACUGAAUAGAUAUGGCCCAAAGGGUAUUCUGGCUCUAUUUGACGAAGGGGCAGGUGUCAUACCACUUAAGGAUAAGAAAACAUUUGUUGCUGCAAUCUUAAACAGUGAAAAGGGUUACGUGGAUUUAGCUGUAAAAUUUAGCGGCUCCGGUCCAGGUAGAACAGGUCAUUCUUCUCAACCACCUGACCACACACAUAUCGGUGUUGCUAGUGAAUUGUUAAAGUCAAUAGAGAAGUAUCCAUUUAAAUCCAACUUCAAAAUUACAAACCCAACUUUUGAAUUCCUUUCUUGUGCUGCGGAACAUUCCUUAGGUCUACCUAAAUACUUACAAUGGUUGAUUCGAUCUGCACGUCAUAAUCGUUUGGCAGAAUAUACUUUAGGUCGUCUACUUGAUAUGCAGGGUGAUUAUAAGUAUUACUUUAGAACGAGUCAGGCCAUUGAUGUCAUACAAGGUGGAAAUAAAGCUAAUGCAUUACCAGAAUAUGUCACUUUCACAAUAAAUCACAGAAUAGAAAUCGAAUCCUCAGUCAAUGAGACUAUAUCUCACUUUAUUUCAUUGGCUAAAAAAGUGGCAUCUAAAUAUCACUAUAGCAUUCUUCUCGAUGGUAAAACAAUAAUUAAUGUACCCCCACAACAAAAUAUAGCUCCGGCAACAAUAGAUAUUCAUCCGAUAGGUUCCUUGGAACCAUCACCUAUCACGCCCGCAGAAGGUGAUUUGUGGGACAUUCUAACCGGUACAGUACAAUAUAUUUUUGAGGAUUCUAUGGGUAAAGCUGAAGAACCAAAUCUCUUUAUGUCACCAGCCCUUUCACCCGGUAACACAGAUUCGAAACAUUUUUGGGAUGUAACAGACAAUAUUUAUAGAUUUAUUGGAUCUAUUGUACCAGCUGAUAUCUUAGAUACAGCACAUUCUGUUAACGAACAUUUCGUUAUGAAUUAUCAUUUGCAAGCAAUCGCAUUUGUGCACCAAUUUAUAGUCAACAUUAACGAAUUUGGUCGAAAUUUGUAG